UUUUCUGGUGGCUGCCGGCCGGAUCCAUCCAUCCAUCCAUCCAUGCCUGACUGUCACUCGGCGCCGGCCGGUCAGGUCCACACCCAUGGCCAUGGCCAUGGUCCAAUUCAUCAAAGCAGAUUACAACAACAAGCUGCCCAAACAGUAGCUCCUACAGUAGUAGUAGUCCAGCCUCUCUUCUUCCUCAUCUCUGAAUCAUAAAAAGAAACGCAAAACCGCGAAGCUUCCUCCCAUCUCUUCUUCCUCUUGCAUUUGCACAUAUCAUAUCCAAGCUUUCUUUACUCACACUAGCAGCUCAGCUUAGCUUAGCUACGAGCUCUGCAUGCCAACACCACCUCGUACCCACUAGCCGUAGCAGAACAGCGAGCAGCGCCAUGAGCAACAUGUUCGGGGCCGGCGGCCAUGGAGGUGGCGGUGGGGAGCAGCAUGGAGGAGCCGACGGCACGGUGCUGUGCUACUUCCACCCGAGGGAGCUGCUGGUCGGCGUGUGCGCGCACUGCCUCCGGGAGCGCCUGCUGCUCCUACUCGCCGCCAAAAGCAACAACGUUAACGGCCGCGCGCGCCCGCCGGCGGACGGCGCCAGCUACCUGUCGGCGCGGCCCUACUGCCGGGCGCUCCGGCGCAGGACGGGCAGCAUCUCCAGCUCGCUCCCCAAGGUGUUCGCGCUCGGCUCCUUCCUCCAGCGCCUCGACUCCUCCCGCCACCACCAUCACCACCACCACCCCGACGAGGUCGUCCACGACCACGACCUCGCCGGCGAGGACAAGGACACCGACGCCGACGACGCCACCUCCGUCGCCAGCCUCGACGAUUCCUUCAUCUCGAUCAAGUUCGAGGACAACGGCAAGGCGACGUGGGUGGACAGCCAGAACGGGACCGGAGCAAAGCCGGUGCGCGAGGCGGCGGCGGCCACGACGACGACGACGAAGACGACGGCGUUGGUGGUGGAGCACGCGGGGCGGCGGGGCGGCGUGACGCGGUGGCGGAAGCAGGUGGUGGGGCGGCUGCUGCAGCUGGCGCGGUGGAAGCGGGCGUCGGGCAAGCAGUCGUCGUCCUCGGCGGCGGCCGACCAGAGGUCGAAGGCGCGUGUCGGCGGCGGCGGCGGCCGGGGCUGGAUCCGGAGCCUGACGCGGCGGCGCACCGCGCACGGCGAGAGGGCGUGGUCGUGAGCGGGCCACGGGCACCUACACGUCCACACGUGAUCGGUGAACCUGAGCAUGUACGUACGCACGCACGUGGUGCUCCUGUUUGCUUGUGACUUUGUGCAUACGGCCAGCCACCCACAGAUCCAUCCAUAGCCAUAUCCAUAUCCAAUUAUCCAUUUCAGAUAUAUAUAAUGCUCCUAUAUAGCAGAUUAGCAGUGAUAAUCAACUAUAGAUAUAUAUAUACAAAAGAAGGAAAGAAUCGCAUUCGGCAGAUGUCGUUUCUUUCUUGCAUGAGAGGUGUUUGUUUCUUCCCAAGAUCAUGCUCAUGAGUUUACACAGAGAUUCUUUAUUUUCUUUC